CAAGUGCAGCAGCAGCAGGAGCAGGGACGUACGGGGUUAAUCCGACCCAUAUGCUGCACUGGGAGGUUGGGUCCACCACUACAGGGAAGACUGCGUGAGGCUGGCAGGCUGGGAGGGAGCACAGCAGAAGGGAGAGGACAGUGGGACUCAACACACACACACACGCACACACUUUCAAACCAACACCUGCACCUGGUCGCUCCAUUUCCGCUCACAGAAGUCUUUCUCGUCCACCAGCGUGACGUGGAGGGAGUCCUAUCAUCCACGCGGAUGGCUUCGUAAACUUUGCCAAAGCGAUUUUAUUCCUCUUAUGGGGACCAAAAGUCGACUCAUCGCGACUGGUUGCUCGCUCUUCUACUUUUUCUUCGUGGGUGCCAAGAAUAAUCAUUUAAAAAAACGGAUUAUUUCCCCACGCGGUGUGAUUUUUUUCCCUGGAACGACGCGCGGGGGAAUGUGGCUGUGAUAACUUUUUGCAUCGUGGAUAUCAAAGGUGUGAAGAUUUGGACUGCGCUGUGCGUCUCGCCUUAUUGGACAGCUGCCGGCCGAACUUCUGAUCAGAGGCUUCAAAGAGCACGAGAGAGAGAGAGAGAGCGUGUGCAUUUAGAUCUGUGUGGGCUACCUGUAUGGCUGUUACCAUGACAACAUCUGGAGCCCAACUCCUCUUGGUGGCCUUGUGUGUUUACAGAGGCCUGAGCCUGCAGCAGUCGGCGCCGCGGGUUCGCCUCUCAUUCAAAGAACUGAUGGACACGCGGGCAGCGCGACCCUUCAGUUUCUCCUUCAACACCAGCGACUACCGAAUCCUCUUGAUGGAUCAGGACCAGGGUCGCCUGUACCUGGGCAGCAGGGAAUACCUGGUGGCUCUGGAUAUGCACAAUGUCAACAAAGAACCGCUAAUAAUCCACUGGCCAGCAUCUGCCAAGAGGAAAGGGGAGUGCCAGAUGACAGGAAAGGGAAGACAGGGCGAAUGCGCCAACUUCGUACGCUUGAUCGAGCCAUGGAACCGCACCCACCUCUACACCUGUGGAACGGGGGCUUACCAACCCAUCUGCACAUUCAUCAACAGAGGCUGGAGGGCCGAGGACUACCUGUUUCGACUGGUCCCCGGGUAUGUGGACUCCGGGAAGGGAAAAUGUUCCUAUGAUCCCAAAGAGGAGAACGUCGCAGUUCUUAUUUAUGGUAACCUGUAUGCAGGGGUCCAUAUUGACUUCAUGAGCACAGAUGCAGCUCUCUUUAGGACCAUGGGUGGGAGAACUGCCAUCCGGACGGAACAGUACGAUUCCAGGUGGCUCAACGAACCUGUGUUUGUUCAGAUCCAACAGAUCCCUGACAGUGCAGAGAGCAACGACGACAAGCUGUACUUCUUUUUCCGCGAGAAGAGCUUAGACUCGAGCGGAGGCCCCAACAUCUUGGCCAGGGUGGGCAGGGUGUGCCUGAAUGACGAAGGGGGUCAGAAAUCUCUGGUGAACCGCUGGACGACGUUUCUCAAAGCUCGGCUUAUCUGCUCAGUGAUCGGCGAUGAUGGAGUGGAAACGCGAUUUGAUGAAUUACGUGACGUAUUCAUCCAGCCGACACAGGACGAACGAAACCCGAUGGUGUUUGCACUCUUUACUACUGCGGGCUCUGUAUUCAAGGGCUCAGCAGUCUGCGUCUACUCCAUGGCCGACAUCCGCAAUGUCUUCAACGGGCCGUUCGCCCACAAGCAUGGCCACAAUUACCAGUGGACGGAGUACAAUGGCAAGAUUCCGUACCCCCGACCGGGAACGUGCCCGGGAGGAACCUUCACCCCUGGGAUCCGCUCCUCCAAGAGUUUCUCUGAUGAGGCUGUCAAUUUCAUCCGAGCUCACCCACUCAUGUUCCAGCCCGUCUAUCCUAUCCACCGUCGCCCUCUAGUGGUGAGAACCGGUGUGGACUACCGCUUCACAGCCCUGGUGGUGGAUCAGGUGGAUGCUGUGGAUGGACGCUACGAGGUGCUGUUUCUGGGCACAGAUCGCGGCACCAUCCAGAAAGUCAUAGUUUUGCCCAAAGACCCCACCAGCAUGGAGGAGCUGACGUUAGAGGAAGUGGAAGUGUUCCGGAGUCGAGCUCCUGUCAAAACGAUGAAGAUCUCUUCUAAACGACAACAGCUGUAUGUAUCAUCGGAUGCGGGCUUGACGCAGGUGUCGCUGCACCGCUGCGGCGUUUAUGGUAGAGCCUGCUCCGACUGCUGCCUGGCUCGGGAUCCUUACUGCGCCUGGGACGGGGAGAGCUGCUCGGCCUUCACUCCUUCCACCAAGAGGAGGAGCAGAAGACAAGACGUCAAGCACGGCGAUCCUCUCAGGCAGUGUCGAGGCUUUAACGCCAAAGUAGAGAAACGUCUGCGAGAAACGGUGCAGUUCGGGGUGAAAGGUAGCAGCACCUUUUUGGAGUGUCAGCCUCGGUCCCCUCAGGCCACCAUCAAGUGGCUUUUCCAGAGUAACGGCAAAAGGAAAUUGCUCAACCGCGUCGGCGAUGUCCUGAAGACCAACCACGGCAUCCUUCUCAAGUCCCUCAAUGGAUCGGACGCGGGGCUGUACCACUGCCUGGCCACCGAGAACAACUUCAAACACACGGUGGCCCGCGUGGCGCUGCGCAUCCUCGAUCGAGACAUCGUUUUGGCUCUGAGCGCUCGAGACGAUGACGAGGCCGAGACCGAUCCCGAGUCUCACUCCGCGCGACCUUACCCUCGAUCGUCCCUCGCUUCCACACCUUUCCCGCCUGAGAUCAGACUGAUCAACCAGUACUGCCAGUCCUACUGGGAGCAGUCCAGUCCCAAGCAGCAACAACAUCACCAGCGCAAGCGCACCAACCGGCGGCAUGCAGAGGGCCAGGAGCAAGGUCUCGGUUAG